GUGCAAUGCGUUCAAUUAUUUCAAUGUAAGUGAACUAACUCAACUUCAGACGUCAAAAUCUGGCAAAAACAUACAUUUGAACGUGUUUUGAAGAAAUUAUCCAUGGAAAAUUUAGGUGUAAAAUAUUAAUUUAACAAUAAUUGUGUUGUUAUAAAGUGGAUAUGGAAAGUGCUAUAGUGUUAAUGUAAAACAAUUAAUUAAAAGUGUCUGUGAGCAAUUUGUUAUUUGCUGUUAAACCAGCUGGCUGCUGGCGCCUAUCGGAAAACUGGCUGUUACUUAAAAAUGGCCGAUGACUCCGGCCAUUCAUCCUCACACUUAGAAAUGGCGCACGAGAGUGCGGGGGGCGCGGGCGGCGGGGCGGGCGCGGCCUCCCCGCACGCCGCCUCGCCGCCGCACGCGCCGCGACUGCCUCACGACACCAGCUUCCACCACCAGAUCAUGCAGAGUCAGAGCCCAAGAAAGAACCAUAUUGCGGAGAGAGCAAAACAAAGCUUAGAGAAUAAUUUCCUGUUGCAACUGAAGAAGCAGCAGCAGCUACAGCAGGAGAUCCUGCUGCAGCACUUCCAGCAGCAGCGGCAGCAGCUGGCCGAGCAGCACGAGCAGCAACUCAGGCAUCACCUCAAGCUGUGGGAGCAGCAGAAGGCGAUGGAGGAGGCGGCGCUGCGAGAGGCGCGCGAAGCGAGGGAAGCGCGGGAGGCGCGCGAACGGCACGAGCGUGGCGAGCUGCUACGAAAGAAGGACAAGCAAGAGCAUAGCGCAAACGCUUCCACGCAAGUCAAGCAGAAACUGCAGGAGUUCCUUAAGAAAAAAGCUGCAGCUAAUGCAAAUGGAACAGUACCUGGUUCACCUUAUAGAAAUUGGGGUAUCGUAAAGUCAUCAUCAGGAGAAUCUAUAACGUCGACGGGCGCGACGGCGACGGCGCACCCGUACCGGCUGGCGGCGCCGCCCGCGCUCGCGCUCAACGCGGCACCCCCACAGCCUUCGCCCUCCGACUACCCGCUGCGGAAGACCGCGUCGGAGCCCAACAUGCUGAAGGUGCGGCUGAAGGCGCGCGUCAUCGAACGCCGCGCCUCGCCGCUCGCGCGCCGCCCGCUCAAGACUAGGGUCAAGCAUCGCAAUUGCGAGGGCAGCUCGCCGCGGAACUCUCCCCCGGGCGCCACGGCCCCCAUCCGCGAGGAGGAGGAGGCGUCCUCGCGCGCAGCCGAGCUGCUCUUCUCCUCGCCCUCGCUGCCCAACAUCUCGCUGGGCCGUCCGCACGCGCACGCGCACGCGCACGUGCCUCAUGCCGUGCACGCGUCUCACGCCGCGCACGCGCCACACGCACUCCACGCGCCCACCUCCGCAACAGUGCCGGUGGCGCUGCCGCCCGUGUCGGAGGCGGAGGCGUACUGCCCGGGCGUGCCGGCGGGCGCGGGGGGGCUCAGCGUGAGCGCGCGCCUGGCCAAGCGGCCGCUGGGGCGCACGCACUCCGCGCCGCUGCCGCUCGGAGACCCGGCGCUGCAGCCGCCCAGCGCACACCAUUACCUCAGGGAUCAGAUCCGGAAGACUGUGUUGACGCGCGCGCACGACGCGGCGGCGGCGCAGCUGCGCGAGGAGGAGGGCGAGGUGAUAGACCUGACGGCGCGGCGCGCGGCGCCCGUCACCAGCUCGCCGUCGGCGCCGCACGUGGGCGCGCUGGGGGGUGCGGGGGGUGCGGGGGGCGCGGCCGAGCCGGCUCCGCUCGCGCGCGCCCUCAGCUCGCCGCUGGUGGGCGCGCGCGCUCCGGCGACCGGCCUCGCCUACGACGCGCUCAUGCUCAAACAUGGGUGUUCGUGCGGUGCCCACGCGCCCACACACCCGGAGCACGGCGGGCGGCUGCAGUCGGUGUGGGCGCGACUGUGCGAGACCGGGCUGGCGGCGCGCACGGAGCGCACGCGGCCGCGCAAGGCCACGCUGGAGGAGCUGCAGGCGGUGCACACGGAGGCGCACGUGGCGGCGUUCGGGGGCCGGGGGCGGGAGGCGCGCGCACUGCGGCUGGUGCGGCUGGCGUGCGGCGGACUGGGCGUGGACGCGGACACGGCGUGGAGCGACGCGCACACGCCCCCCGCCGCGCGCCUCGCCGCCGGCGCAGUCCUCGACCUGGCGCUGCGCACUGCGCGCGGGGAUCUGCGCAACGGGUUUGCAGUGGUGCGGCCGCCGGGACACCACGCGGAGCCCAACCAGGCGAUGGGCUUCUGCUUCUUCAACUCCGUGGCCGUCGCCGCUAAGAACCUGCAGACCAGGCUCGGCCUGCAGAGGAUACUGAUAGUCGAUUGGGACGUGCACCAUGGCAACGGCACGCAGCAGAUCUUCUACGAGGACCCGCGCGUGCUGUACAUGAGCCUGCAUCGCCACGACGACGGCAACUUCUUCCCGGGCACGGGCGCCGCCAGCGAGUGCGGCGCCGGCGCCGGCCUCGGCUACACCGUCAACGUCGCCUGGCCCGGCGCCCCGCCCCUCGCCGACGCGGAGUACCUCGCCGCCUUCCGCUCCCUCAUCAUGCCCAUCGCCAAGGAGUACAACCCGGAGAUCGUGCUGGUGUCGUGCGGCUUCGACGCGGCGGGCGGCCAUCCCGCGCCGCUCGGCGGAUACAACGUCUCCGCCGCCUGCUUCGCGCACAUGACGCGCGACCUCAUGCAGCUCGCCAACGGAAAGGUGGUGCUGUCGCUGGAGGGCGGCUACGACCUGGCGGCGAUGUGCGACUGCGCCCAGGAGUGCGUGCGCGCGCUGCUCGGCGACCGCCUGCCCGAGCCGCCGCUGCACGAGCUGGCGCGCGCCCCCGCACCGCACGCGCACGCCGCACUGCGCGCCGCCAUCGCCGCGCAGGCGCCGCACUGGCCCGAGAUAAAGCGGUACAGCUCGCUGGCGGGCAUGUCCGCGCUGGAGGCGGCGCCCGCAGUGAUGGCGGCGCGGCUGGGCCGGCUGCAGAGCGAGCGCGACGCCGCCGACACCGCCGCCGCCAUGGCCACGCUCUCCGUGCAGCCCCCCGCACCCCCAGCGCCCUCGGCACCCGUCGCGCCCCCCGCGCUCUCGCCCUCCGACGCACCCCUCUGCCUCAGCAGGUCGACGGAGAGCUCCCGCUCGGGGUCCGAGGAGCCCAUGGAGCAGGACGAGGGCAAGUGAGCGCACACACAUUCCGCCGCAACCCGACCCCCCGCGCGCCCCCCGAGCGCCCCCCGCGCCCC